AUCACUUUUCUCCAGGUCUUCACUAAAUAAUAACUUGUAAAUAUUAAAUAUUUUGCUAUUUUGAAACCAAUUUAACAGAGUAGCAAAAAAUGAGGUUGGCCUUGAUUUUGGUCUUAGCUGCUACUACAGUAGUAGCAGGACAAGAAGAUGUCGAUAACACCAUUGUUGACACGCAUUACGGUAAAGUUCAAGGUGACACGGAUUUAUCUCGCGGGGGGAAAAUGUUUUACCAAUUUAAAAACAUCCCCUACGCCAAGGCCCCGGAAAGAUUUCAGCCUCCAGAAAUUCCCGAUCAUUGGGAAGACAUAAAAAACGCGACGGAAUAUGGAAACCAGUGCCCGCAGUAUGAACCACUCUCAAAGAAGUUCUUUGGUGAAGAGGACUGCUUAAAUUUGAACGUUUUUUCUCCAAGUCUCCCAACCGAAGGCGAGGACAAAAUAUUACUCCCCGUCGUAGUCAUGCUCCACCCCGGCGGUCAUACCCACGGGUCUGGAAAAAUCUACGGACCGAAAUACUUCAUGGACGAGAACGUCGUAAUGGUCACGCUGAACAGUCGUCUGGGACCGUUCGGUUUUCUGAACGUUGGUCACAUGUACGCUCAAGGAAAUAUGGGAAUCAAAGAUCAAUCUCAUGCCUUGAGAUGGGUGAAUUUGAACAUAGAAAAAUUCGGGGGGGACAAAGCUCGCGUUACGCUGCUCGGAUUAUCCGCCGGCGCUGCGGAAACAGUUCUUCACUUGGUGAACCCUUUAAGCAAGGGUCUCAUUCAUGGGGCUGUCGUUCAGAGUGGAAGUCCUUUCAGUCCUUGUUCCAUGGUUCGAGAUCCGAUAAGUCAAGCCAAGAAGUUAGGGGAACAGGUUGGAUGUCCGAUCGACAGUGGGGAGAAUCUCGUCAUGUGUUUGAAGGGGAUGGACCACCUGGAAAUUUUGAAAAAGAUGAAAAUGCCCGAUCCAGAGAAAGAAGGGAGUGAUUUGGAAGAAAUCGCAAGAUUUGGCCCGUCCGUGGAACAAGUUUUGGAAGGACAGACGGAAAAUGAUGUCGUCUUGGCGGAUUCACCGUAUAAACUUUUGACCACUGAGGAAAAGGUGGUGAAUAAAGUACCAGUAAUUUUGGGAGCUGUAGACCAUGAUGGAUUAUUACCAUUCGUCGCUAAGGUGGUCAACAGUACAGAGAAAAUGACGAAACUCGGCAACAAUUGGAUCGAGUUUGGCCCAAUAAUUCUGGACUUUAAGUCAUCCGCUAAGGACCCUGCUGCCGUAGCGAAGAAAUUGUGGGACCACUAUGUCGGUGAAGGCGAAGGGAAAACUUUGGACGGACAAACGCUCAUAAAAAUGUUUACGGAUCGAUAUUUCGCAUCUACGACGCGUUACACUGCAAAAAAAUUUAGCAAAUAUGCAUCCGUGUAUCCAUACUAUUUCAGUCAUAAUCCCGAGCAUCACAUUAUUCUGGAGGCUUUUGGAUAUCCGAACAUUACAAGUGGACUAGCUCACUUGGACGAUAUGCAAUAUCUCUUCAACGGACAAGAACUCAAGUAUCCGGAGAUUACGGAGGAAAAGUCGACCGAAUCAGAAUACAAACUUUCGACCGGCCUGGUCAAAUUGUGGGUUUCCUUUUUCGAAACUGGAAAACCUACCAAAACCUGGGGCGAAGCGAAGGAGUGGAAAAAAUUGGAAAAUCCUGACAAACCAAACUUUUACACCAUUGGCGUUGAAACGAAAAACAUCGACGAACCUGAAGAGUUCGUAAAACGCAUGAAACUUUGGACCGAAUUGUACAGCGGAGAACUCUUCGGAGAAUUGGAGACCCCACCGCCGGAAAAAUUUUAAUUGUUUUCCAUCCUCCCGUCAGAAUCUCGUCAGCUAUUAAAUAUGGACACCUGCAUCGUCUCCAUAAUUGAGGAUCAAUGCAACAAAAAGAAAUUCCGAAGGUUAAAAAUAAUUAAUUCUUCAUUAAGUAAAUAAUCCAUCCAGCAUUUGUCUUUACUCGUUUAAUUUAAUAUUUGAUUUGUACUCGAGUGCAAUGUUAUUCUUGAGUAAAAAUAUGCUCAACUUAUUACUUGACGAGUGUUUAAACAGUAAAAUACUUACGUGUUGUCAUUGUAAA